AACCCAACGAAAUCAACGGGAACCAAGUGGAAAAGUCACGGUUUCUGCCAACACACGCCAAGUGCUUUUUUUCCUAGACGCCGGCGCUCGGCAGGCAGCCUGCUGCGAACCCGUUAAAGAAACGCGUCUCCAUCCCUUGCUUGCUUGACCCAACCCAACCUUGCGUCCAAGGAUCGCAUCCGAAACAAGCGCCGGAUCGAGGUCGCAUAUACCGAGUAAUUUAUCAAGCAGGGCGCAGCAGAUCUCGCCGGCCGGGCCAUGGCUGCAGCUGGCGCGAUCCGGCGUGCGGUGGCGGCGGCGGUCGACAGGGCGUGCGCGGGCGCCAGGGGCUUCCGGCGCGCGCUGGCGCGGUUCGCGCCGCGGCCCUCGGCGUUCGGGCCGGCCGCCGACGCGGAGGCCGCGGCGGUGCGCGCCGUGCGGAACCUCCGCACCUUCCGGUUCCACUACGCCGCGCUGCAGUGGGCGCUCCUGCUGGCGCUCCUCGCACCGCGGCACCGGGCGUCCGUGCUCUUCCUCAUGGCGGCGUCCAAGGGCCUCCUCGUCUACGGGGGCCUCCUCAGGGCGUUCCCCAACUCGACCCUGCUCCGCAGGCUCCUAGACCGCCGCCUCGUCGCCGCCGUCUUCGUCGCGCUCGUGCUCGCCGACAUCACCGCCGCGGGCGCCUUCGCCAACCUCCUCGCCGCGCUCGCCGCUGGCGUGCCCGUCAUCGUGCUCCACGCGUCCUUCCGCGUCCGGCACGACCUCGAGGGGCCCUCGCCGGACGCGGCGGAGAACGGCAAGGAGGAGGAGACACCGGCGGUCGUGGAGAAGAAGGAGGACGGCGACGUCGAGGCAGGGCCCACGCGGCGGUCCAUGGCGGCGGCACCAAGAUCGCCCAAGUGACAAGAUUUUACGACGAGCUAGUAACAAUCAUACAUUUCGCACAUUACUGGUCCGAUUGUCUUGGAAUAUAGGAACAAUUAUUGGUCAAACCUGUCUGCCUGCUUCUUGAUUCAUACUGUGAGCCUAGGAAUUUUUUGGAGCAAUUCAAUUAGAAUGUAGUAGUAACUGUGACAGUGAAUUAGGAUCAAGGAGACUCAUUGUGAAGUCAUAUACUCAUAUUCCUCGAGUACUGACUAAUCUUCGAUCGAAUACAUUUGCAAGAAAAGGCUUGAAAAAGCACACCCCAUUGGCUAUUGAUA